AUGGAAAAACAAAACUUUACCCUUGAGGGCUCCCAGGGCCAAGCGACACCACAGACAUUGCCAAUCCCAGGUUCCUUGAAUGGGGACAGCAUUCCUGUUGACGGAUCCCAGCACGAUGAGAACAAAGGCACUCUUCUUGGGGAGGCAAACUCUGCACAGAGCAGUACAAACACACCAGGUGAUACAGUUACCGCCAGUACCACCAUUUCAGGCGACGUUCCCACAUCGACCACAAGCCAUGAUGCUAUUGGCAUCCCACGCACAAAUAGCAGUCUUGGAGGUCCGGUUAUAGAUGCAAAUGACCGUUCAGAGCUGCCUAAUCAGUCGCAAAGAGCUUGUGCUGGCACCCCUGACGCAAGGCUGCCAGAACGCAAACAAUUCCACACCAUCACCAUCGGAUUCAUGCCGCGCAUCACUGAAAUCCUUAAGAUGCCCGAGACAUUUCGGACCGGGCUAGCUGCCAAAUUUGCUAUGGAUCGCUUCUUUCUUACCAACACCGCAUAUGAUUCCAAUGGUUUCUUCCUUGAAAGAACUAAACAAGAGGAAGAUAAUGUCAAAGAGCCAAUGACUGCAUAUGGCUGCAGGUUCCUGGUAAAAGAACUUUCCUUAGUUCCAGACACCGAGAAACUAGAAGACAUCGUGGAGUUUGUGUAUAAGAUGAUGUCAAAAGCCAAUCUGCAGGUACCUGAUCAGCCAUCCAAGCAACCCAGAGCAGGCUCGGCCGACAUCAUCUCACUAGAUGACGAUUCAGUCGAUACCUUGAUUGGGAAGCUUCAAGACCAAGUUCACAUGAUUGCACCUGGUCUGCCGAUUAGGGAUGUUCCAAAGCAAAAGCCUGGGCCUGGCGCAAUCACGCGGCAAAAUCCUUCGGCCUUUAGGGAUGACCUCGACAGAUGGCUACGAAAGGAAUUCAAGAGGGUGGUUGAAGAAUACAAGAAACAGCAGCAAGACGAUAAGAGCUCUCACACAAAGGAUCUGUAUCAGCUCAUCGUCAACAUUCUGCAUCGUACCUACCAUGACCUGGGUUGCAUUUGCGAAGUUGAAAAGGGGGAACAGAUCAAAUCAGCCACCCCUCAGGCUCCAAAACAAUAUGAGGGUGAUUCGGCAAGCUUCGAAGUUCAAGAGCAGCCCAAUGGAAUAUUUAGAAGGACUCUUGGCUCAAUUAUAGACGGAAAACCACGGCCCGCUGAUACUGAGAAGGGCCACCUGCCAGUCCAGACCAAAGCAGGCACACCCUCAAGCAACGAGAAACAGUCCUCGAGCAACGACAAAAGGCCCGCAAAACGUAAUUAUCACUGGCUUUUUCUCUCAUUCUGGUCUGUUUUUCUCUACCCGGAUAAUGCGGCGAAGAGCAAUGAUGAGAUGUCAAAACAGACCAGAGAGGUAAUUCUUUGCUUCGACAAUGCAUCCGGAAGCCGGAUGAAGACGAAGAUGAAGGCGUUUCUUGGCGAGCAACACCCUCGAAGUUUGCUGCCUCAAGUAAUUGAAGAGAUUGUACACAUGUACGAUGACGCUCUCUGGGGAUUUCGAACGCCGGUUCGUGAUGUCGAAAAGCUGCGGGGUCAGCAUAUGCCCAAGCGGAAUGAUGCAGAAGAAAAAGAUGAAAGCGACCGUCGCCGGCAGAACUACUUCGACAUGCAUGAAUUAUCGCGACACCUCAUCCACUCGCAGGAGACACUAUCUGCCGCUGAAACCACACUCAAGGCCAUUAUAGGGAGUCAAGAGCCUCUUCUAGUCGAAAAGAGAGCGGGAGAAAUAUCCCGGUUUAGCGAGUUAUUCAUCAAGAACUUGAGGUUCCGAGCGGCUGCGUUUGUCGAAAGACUGAACAAUGAGAUAUCAUUGGCACUGCACAUCAACAAUUUGAAGCAACUCGACAAGGUCGAAGAGCUUUUGACCGAGAACAAGAUGGAUGGGAAGGACGUGACUAAAGCAGUCGGAUAUGCCUCGGUGCUGUUCUUGCCGGGAACCUUCAUCAGUGGCUUCUUCAGCAUGCCAUUUUUUGACUAUGAUGGCUCGGGCUGGCCAAAUGCUAGUAAAGUCUGGAUCUGGGUCGCCGUUGCGUUCCCGAUGACCACCAUAGCCUUUCUCUGGCUCUACUGGACUCGAACGAGGACUCAAAAUUUGGCCAGGAAAAGGCUGGAGGCAGAAGUACCUAGAUAA